UUGAAUUCGAUAUUCUCAAUGUGUUCUUAACUACUGCAUGGAACAGUUAAAAGAACAUAUACUGAUGUAGUUCAAAUGUGAAAGUACUAAGUGCCAGGAUAAUUUUCUUAACGUUAGGUAACGCAUUGCAGUUGUUGCUGUUCUUGUUCACUCUGUUGUUUUUCCGAAAAAUCGUUUGAAACUUAUUCUUUGAUAAAAUACAGUGAUAUUCGAAUUACGGAUAAUCAUUAUUUGCAAGAUUAGUUAUUUACUUUACACACUGACGUCAUAUCUGCCGAUGUUGAGCGCCAAUGACUGUGCUCCAGUCCCUGUUCUAUGGGAAAUGCUUCUGGGCUUAUGAAGAAUCGGGGAACCCAAAGGCCACGGGUGGUUCUAGAAAGCCCGGAGGCCUCCAGCACCGACACUAGACAGACCCGCGUCACCUUCGCCAACGCGCGCAAACUCGGAAGUGAAACCCUCAAAGCGCGGCCUCAAAUGACGGACAUAGGAAACAUGCAAUCAGAGACAUACCGAAAUAAUGAAAAAGUGCAAUUCAAACGUAGCCAGUCGACAAGGAUUGGUUCAAAUGCAGACGUGAGUGAUUCUAUAACAUCGGUGCGAAGUUCCGCAUCCGGUCCCGUGGACGGGAUCUGGGAACCUACACUUGACCCCUAUACCCAGGCCGGGUCACGGGAGCGGAGUGCUGUGAACCCAGAAUACAGUGAGCCAUACCAUUACAUGGAUAGAAAUAACAGUUACAACCAGUACAGAGGCUUUCGUGAAAAUGACUACGCCUACAGUCAUUCGGUUCAAAACGGGUUAGCACGAGUGGACGAAAUAUAAUUUUGGGUAUAUCAGUAAUGUUAUAAACGUUUGUCAUAUUUUAAAUAAAU